AUGUCGAAAUUCGCGCCUCACCGUCGGUCAAACAACAACCCAAAGGCCACCUCUGCGACCGUUUGUCAGAAGUGCCUUGGUACAGGACAUUUCAUAUUCGAAUGCAAGUCUACGCGCCCAUAUGUAUCCCGUCCCUCACGGACAGAAAUGCUCGAAAACCCGAAGUUGCUUGCAAAGUUGAAGGCAGAGGGAAAGCCUUCAGUCGAAGUGCCGGAGGAAUUUAGAACAAAGAGUGGAACGGCGAACCGGAUUUUAGAGUCAAAGGAGCAGGAACGACUCGCAUUGGAGGGAUCCAAAGGGAAAGCCAAGGAGGAAGACGGCAGAAGUCGAAAGAAAGCCCGAAGGUUGUUUGGAAUUCAUUUACUGUGUCAGCGUGAGCUGAUCAUCCAUUGUAAACAGGUCUUCAAGGUCCUCUUCCUCAGAUAG